AGAACACGAUGCAGGUAGAUGAGCCGGUGCUUUUGCCGAGGUUGUCCCGUGUCGCAGUUUGUGGCGGCACGCACGGCAACGAGCUCUCAGGAGUGUACUUGGUGCGAGAGAUGCUGAAGACGGAGAAGAGAAAGGAGGUCGGGGAGCCCGCGUCAGUGCUGAUGGUGCUGUCCAACCCUCGGGCCAUGCAGCAGUGCAGCAGAUAUGUUGACACUGACCUGAACCGCUGCUUCACCCACGCAACCCUCAAUGGCCCCAUAUCAGAGGGGGCCCCCUAUGAGAUCUUCCGGGCCCGUGAACUGAAUGCCCUGCUGGGUCCCAAAGGCAGCCGGGCAGCGGUGGAUCUCAUCUGCGACCUCCACAACACCACCGCCAACAUGGGCCUGUGCUUCAUCGCUUAUUCUGACUGUGACUGGAUCUGUCUUCACAUAUUCAGAUACUUGCAGGUAAAUCAGUUUCAACCUGAGUAG